ACACUUGCUCCAAAGCUGACACACUAAGCGAAAGCCAGCCUAACUGCAGCCAAAAAGCCAUCAACGCAAGCAAAAUUCCAGAGAGAGAGAGAGAGAAAUGGGGUGAUCGAAACGGAAGCGUUUUCUUGGCGGCCAUUGAAGUCACGCGAUCCAGUUUUUGGUUUUCUGUGUUCUGCAAGGUAAUUUUUAUCCAAAAACCUUCAGAAGGCAGCUUUUACUCUAUCUAUUUUGUUGGACUUGGAUAAUUGCUGUUCAAAUUUUAGGUGUAAGGGUGUAGAGAUCAGAGGUUUUAUCAACUGUAACUGUCAAAUUGGGUGAUCAAAAGUUCUGGUUUAACUACAAUAACCUUGGGGGUGGUUUUGGCAUAUUCCCUGAGUUUCAAAGUUGAGGAAUGGCGAAAUUGUCGCACGCAGACUCUAGGCGAAUGUACUCUUGGUGGUGGGAUAGCCACAUUAGCCCCAAGAACUCGAAAUGGCUUCAGGAGAAUCUCACAGAUAUGGAUGCUAAAGUGAAAUCGAUGAUCAAACUCAUUGAAGAAGAUGCUGAUUCUUUUGCGAGAAGGGCGGAAAUGUACUACAAGAAGCGUCCCGAGCUCAUGAAAAUGGUGGAGGAGUUCUAUAGGGCGUACCGUGCUUUGGCUGAAAGGUAUGACCAUGCGACGGGGGUGAUCAGACAUGCUCAUAGAACUAUGUCCGAAGCUUUUCCGAACCAAGUUCCUAUGGGUUUUGCCGAUGAUUCGCCCACGAGUGCUGAUUCCUAUACGCCUAAGUCAACCCCGGUGCGCUCCCUCUUUGAAUCUGAUGAAAUGCCGAAGGAUUUUAGCUCUGAUGCCAAGAGAAACGGAGGAGCAUUCACGGAGGAUUCGAGUUCUGUAACGAAAGUGCGGGGGUUGAAACAGUUUAACGAUCUCUUCGGGUCCGGGGGCAAUGCGAAAUUUGCAGAUGGGAAGGUGAGGAAGGGCCUGAAUUUUCACGAGUCGGGCGACGAGUCCAACAGUUUUGAAGCUCAAUCGCGGCCCGAUUUGGAUGAGGCGGUUGAAUCCGAGGAAGCUCUAAGGAAGGCGCUUGCCCGAGUGGAAGCUGAGAAGGAAGCAGGUCGUUUGCAGUACCAACAGGCGUUAGAGAAGUUGUCGGAGCUGAACUCACAAAUCUCUCGUGCACAAGAAGAUUCUCGGGGACUUGGCGAGCGGGCAAGCAAAGCCGAAGCCGAAGUUCAAACUUUAAAGGAAGCUCUCUCUAAAUCGGAAACCGAAAAGGAAGCUAACCUUCAUGAAUACAGGCAAUGCUUGGAGAAGAUUUCUGAAAUGGAGAACACCCUCUCUUGUAACACGGUGGAGCUUAGUCAAAGAGCUACUAAAGCCGAACUCGAAGCCCAAUCCGUGAAAGACGAUCUCGCAAAGAUAGCUACCGAGAAAGACAAAGCUCUUGAUCAGUACAUGCGGUCUCUGGAGACGAUAGCUAAGCUCGAGAAUAAAUUACAAUGUGCAGAGGAAGAUGCCCGGAAACUAAACGAAAGAGUCGAAAGAGCUGAAAACGAGGUCGAGUCUUUGAAACAAGCCGUUUCCGAAUUGAUUCGGGAGAAGGAAGCGGCAGCUCUCCAGUACCAGAAAUGUUUGGAGACCAUCGCCGCUCUCGAGGCUAAGCUGUCUUCUGUUGAGGACGAAACGCAACGACUCAACUCGGAGAUUAACAACGGAGUUGCCAAGUUGAAAGACGCAGAAGAGCAGUGUCUUCUAUUAGAACGCACAAAUCUUUCUCUUCAAUCCAAGGUCGAAGCUUUAACCCAGAAGAUGGGCAACCAAACUCACGAGCUUACAGAGAAGCAGAAGGAGCUCGGGAGACUAUGGACGUGCAUACAGGAAGAGCGAUUACGCUUCGUGGAAGCCGAAACCGCCUUCCAAACUUUGCAACAUUUGCACGCCCAAGUUCAAGAAGAACUAAGAUCUCUCACCGCGGAACUGCAAAACCGGGUCCAACUCUUUCGGGAGCUAGAAACCAAUAAUCAAACACUCCAAGACGAAAUCAUGAAGGUCAAAGAAGAGAACAAGAGCCUCGAGGAACUGAACGUAUCCUCGUCCAUGACGAUAAGAAAUAUGCAAGACGAGAUCUCGAGCUUGAGCGAAACGAAAGGGAAACUCGAGCAGGAGGUUGAGCUCCGAGUGGACCAAAGAAACGCUCUUCAGCAAGAAAUAUACUGUCUGAAAGAGGAACUAAACGAUUUGAACAAGAAACAUCAGUCCAUUUUGGAGCAAGUGCAUGCAAUAGGCUUCGAUCCCGAGUGCCUCGAGUCAUCCGUGAAGGAGUUGCGGGACGAGAAUACCAACUUGAAAGGCACGUGCCAGAAAGAAAGAAGCCAGAAGGAAGUUCUUCUGGAGAAGCUCAAGUUAUUCGACCAGCUUGUCGAGAAAAAUUCUGUCCUGGAGAAUUCCCUAUCGGAUUUGAGUGCUGAAUUAGAAGCAAUUAGAGGGAAAAUAAAGACUCUGGAGAACUUAUGCCAGUCUCUCAUAGCCGAGAAUUCAACUCUACUCAGCGAGAAAGAAACUCUCACCACCGAACUCCAUGUAACAAACGAGAACUUGGGAAAGCUCUCAGCAAAGAACACCGUUCUCGAGAAUUCCCUUUCUGAUGCACACGACGAACUCCAAAGCCUGAAGGAAAAAUCGAAAGGCUUAGAAGAUUCAUGCCAGAUAUUAAUGAACGAGAAGGCGGAUCUUCUUGGUGAGCAGGGAAGGUUGAUUGAUCAGUUGCAAAUCGCACUUCCGAGACUGGAAAACAUGGAGAAAAUGCAUGCAGAUAUCGAACAGAGAUACUCGGUUCUCGAGAAAGAAAAGCAAGCUGCUCUAGGCAAAAUAGAAGAGCUACAGAUAUCUUUAGAUGUGGAAAAGAACGAGCAUACAAGUUCCAUUCAGACGAGUAAUAAACAGUUGUCUGCUAUGGAAUCCGAGAUGCACCUUUUACGAGAAGACUUACAAUGCAGAACUCGAGAAUACUCCGAGGAGCUCGAUAAAGCUUUGGACGCUCAAAUUCAGAUCUUCAUCUUGCAGAAAAGUGCACGAGAUCUUCAAGGAAAGAGUUCCUCUCUGCUGACCGAAUAUCACAAGCUUCUAGAAGCAUCUGCAUUGUCAGAGAAACGGAUUCUAGACUUAGAGCAAAGGAAUCUCGAACAGAAAACCGAGGCAAAAUCUUUGUCCGAUCAGGCUAGUACUCUGAGGAACGAGAUGCACAAGUUAUUGAAGUCUUUAACCAGAACUGAGGAAGAAAAUCAGCAAAAUAUUGUAGAAAAUUUCGUUCUUGUCGCAUUGCUGAGGCAGCUAGAAUUAGCGGCAGAGAAUCUCCGUUUAGAAAAGACCACCAUCGAGCGGGAGUACAGGAAUGAAUCUGAUCGGUUUUGCACGUUGCAGAGUGAAGCUGUUAAACUGCAAGAGACAAACGAAGAAAUGGAAUCAAAGAUAAAGGAGAAAGAUCACAAGGAGAAGCUGCUAGAAGUUCAGGUAGAGAAUCUAGGCAGCAGGUUGAUGAAUCUACAAGGAGAUUACAACAAUUUGGAGAGAGAGCAUUUAGAACUUCACGAAGAGAAGGCUUUAAUGGAGGAAAGGAGUCGUAGCCUAGAAGAGGAAAAUUAUGUAAUCUGCGGUGAAAUGCUCUCUCUCGAGAGCCUUUUUGCGGUUUUAAAGAACUGUGUCAAUGAGAAAUCUUUGGAACUAAAGAUGCUUGCUGCCGAGCUAAACGAGCUUAAUGAAAUCAAUGGUGAAAAAGGCGAAAAACUGAGCUUAACCGAGAAGAUGGUGGAAGAGCUAAAGCUUGAAAAUCUUAACCUUAUGAAGACACUGCAGAAGUCGGAAGACGAGUUGAAUACCAUUCAAUUUGUCAAGAAUCAAUUGGAUCGUGAUAUUGAAAUAAAAAAUAGUUCUUUGUUGGAGAAGGAACAUAAACUUCAGGAAGUCGAGGAAAAACUGAGUCUCACCGACAAAGAGAAGUUGGAGUUGCAUGAAAGUUUGCAGAAUCUGAUACGAGAGCACGGUGAGGCUAAAAGGACCACAGAAGAUCUAGCAAAACAGAUAACAUCGAUAUCCACAGAAAGUGAUAAUUUGAGGACCGAGAAUGGGAAUCUUCACGAAGCAACUCGGUUAUUAGAGGAUGGACUUUGGCACUUGCGUGAGGAGAAUGGAAAGAUGAAAGAGCAAAACGAUGCAUUGCAUUCUGAGCUCCAAAAACAAAAGAGCGAGAUCUGCACAUUGGAAUCAGAAAUGGAGGAGCUAUUUAGUGAAUUGCAAAUCUCCAGUUUUUGUCAUUGCUUGUAUGAGCACAAGGCUUAUGAGCUCAUGAAAGUGAGCGAAGGACUCGAAGCCGAGAGUACUUCCAAGGACAUCGAUAUUAAACUUCUGAAAGAACAAGUAAGCUCUCGAGAUGCUGAUAAUGAAGGUCUUAAGACUCAACUGGAAACAUGGCAAUCAGAUACCGAAGAGCUAUUUGGUGAAUUGCAGAGCUCUACUAUUUGUCAUGGUUUGUAUGGGGAGAAGGUUCGUGAACUCAUGAAAGUGAAUGAAAGCUUUAAAGCCGAGAUUAAUUCGAAGGAUGUUGACAAUAAACUUCUGAAAGAACGAGUAAGCUCUCUAGAUGCUGAUAAUGAAGGUCUUAAGACUCAACUGGGAACAUGGGAAUCAGAUGCCGAGGAGCUAUUUGGUGAAUUGCGAAGCUCCACUAUUUGUCACCGUUUUUAUGAGCAGAAGGUUCAUGAACUCAUUAAAGUGAUUGAAAGCUUUGAAGCCGAGAUUAAAUCUAAGGAUUUCGACAAUAAACUUCUGAAAGAAAGAGUAAGCAUUCUGGAUGCUGAAAACGAAGGUCUUAAGACUCAACUGGAAACUUGGCAAUCCGAUGCAUUGGAGCUAUUUGGUGAAUUGCAAAGCUCUACUAUUUGUCACGGUUUGUAUGGGGAGAAAGUUCGUGAACUCAUGAAAGUGAACGAAAGCUUUAAAGCCGAGAUUAAUUCCAAGGAUGUUGACAAUAAACUUCUGAAGGAAAGAUUAAGCAUUCUGGACGCUGAAAACGAAGGCCAUAAGACUCAACUGGCAACACAGGAAUCAGACUCGGAGGAGCUAUUUGGUGAAUUGCUGAUCUCCACCAUUUGUCAUAGUGUGUACGAGCAAAAAUUUCAUGAACUCGUCAAAGUGAGCAAAACCUUUGAAGCCGAGAUUACUUCCAAGGACGCUAAUAUUAAACUUCUGAAUGCUGAAAAUAAAGGUCUUACGACUCAACUGGCCGCAUAUAGCCCUGCUAUUGCUUCUUUGAGCCAAUGCAUAUCAUCCCUGGAGAGUCACACCUAUGGAAAACUCCAAAACCCCGAGAACGAGGGAAUUGAAGUUGCGAAGUGUCAUGAUGAAGGUAAUCUCGGAGAAAUGAAAAAUGCUACUGUGAUGGGUGCAUUUCUUGACCUUCAAGAUAUGGUGGCGAGGGUUCGAGAUGUUGAGAGGACAUUGGUCAAAAUCGAGCAGGUUGUAGCGGAGGAUAAUGUUAGCAUGAAUGGUAAACUGCAGGCUGCGAUGAAAGAGAUUGAAGAGUUAAAAACCGAGAGUAGUAAAAACUCUAAGCGCAUGUCUGAAGUCAUGGAGGCAGACAAUGGGAUUUUGACAAAAGAUAUCGUGCUUGACCAGAUAUCCGAGUGCUCACGGGCCAAAAGAGAGCACUAUGAAGCCGAUAAUCAAAUUCUCGAGUUAUGGGAAACUACCAACCCGGAUGGCGACAAUGAUGGGCAGACAAGGCAAAAGGUUCCUCCGACGGCUCAGAAAUAUGGCGAUUUCCCUCGUGUUAAGUCGAUGAAGAAACCAAAAACCGAGCGUCCUGGUUCAGAUGCACUAUCCGAGAAGGAGUUGGGAGUGGACAAACUGCAAAUAUCCAAACGAUCUUCGGAUUUUCGAGAGGGAAACAAGAAGAAGGUGUUGGAAAGACUUAAUUCUGACGUCCUGAAACUGACGAAUCUUCACAUUACAGUCAAGGACUUGAAGAGCAAACUCGAGAGCACUGAGAAGAGCAGACGAGGCAAAGCAGUGGUCGAAUGUGAAAGCCUGAUGGGGCAAUUGAAUGAAUCCGAGGCUGCUGUCCUGAAGCUGUUCGAUCAGAGUGGCAAAUUGAUGAAAAAUUUCGAAACCGGAUCCUUCUCGUCUGAUUCCAUGCCCACAUUGGGGUUAGACGAAAACGAGAGCAUCAGCAGGAGGAGAAUCUCGGAACAUGCUCAAAGGAUAUCUGAGAAAAUCGCGAGGCUGCAGUUAGAAGUACAGAAGAUGCAGUUCGUUCUACUGAAACUAGACGGGGACGAUAAAGAAAGCAAAGGGAAAACCAGAUUCUCCGAAACCAAACGGAGAGUUCUUUUACGAGAUUAUCUCUAUGGCGGCAUUCGACCAAGCCACAGGCAAAAGAAAAAACCGUUUUGUGCAUGUGUUCAGCCUCCAACACAAGGAGAUUGAUACAUUCCAACGUAGCUUCAAGUCAUACAGUACUAGAAUUCUUUCUUUUCCUUUUGUCCAUAAACCUCAGUUUCUCCAAAUAGACAUUCUAGACAUAUGUACCACUAGAAUGAUGUUGCAUGGUCUUUCCUCAAGUUGUUCAUGUCUCUCCAGAGUAACUUCUGUAAAUUUUUUGAGGCUGCAUCCAGCUCAAAUAAACUGCCUUUUGUCUA